AAAAAAAUAAAAUAAAAUAAAAAAAGAGUUGGCCAAACCAUUAAGCCUUUCGUUCUCUACUUCUAUAAAGAAUAGAAGAAGCGGGAGUGAGAAAUCUCCAGCUUUAAGGUAAGGCUAAAAGGUCUCUCUUGAGCUUUGAGAUUCAGGAUUGAAGAGCCAGCAGAAAAAAAUGGGAGGCGGUGGCAAUAAGUCUGCUCCAACAACUAAAAUUGAACAAAAUAAAGACCCUCUCCAAAGGGUGCCAAUUUCAAAGCCUCCUUUUACCCUUAGUGACAUCAAGAAGGCCAUCCCUCCUCACUGCUUUCAGCGGUCUCUCGUCCGCUCAUUCUCCUAUGUUGCUCAGGAUCUCAUAUUGGUCUCCAUCUUUUACUACAUCGCCACCACUUACUUUCACGUCCUUCCAUCCCCAUAUUCUUACGUUGCAUGGUCUAUUUACUGGAUCGUUCAAGGUUGUGUUUGCACUGGUAUAUGGGUCAUUGCCCAUGAAUGUGGCCACCAGUCAUUCAGUGAUUACCCGUGGAUAAAUGACACUGUUGGUCUUAUCCUCCACUCUGCACUUUUAACACCAUACUUUUCGUGGAAAUAUAGUCAUCGCCGUCACCACUCCAACACCGGUUCCCUUGAGCGUGAUGAAAACUAUGUACCUAAAUUUAAAUCCCAACUAAAAUGGUACACCAAAGUAUAUGCCAACAAUCCGUUAGGACGAUUAUUCAUACUUGCCUUCACCCUCACUGCUGGCUUACCAUUGUACUUUGCCAUUAAUAUCGCAGGCAGACCUUAUGAGCGCUUUGCAAGUCACUAUGAUCCAUAUAGCCCGAUUUAUAAUGACCGUGAGAGGCUACAGAUUUUCAUCUCAGAUGUAGGUGUGAUUGCAACUAGUUAUGUAUUGUAUCGCGUUGCAUUAACUCAAGGGCUAGCUUGGCUUGUAUGCAUAUAUGGGGUACCCCUCCUUAUUGUGAACGGCUUCAUAGUGUUGAUCACGUUUUUGCACCAUACGCACCCUUCGUUGCCACAUUACGAUUCGUACGAGUGGAAUUGGCUAAGAGGAGCUCUAGCUACGGUAGACAGAGACUAUGGUGUGCUAAACAACAUCUUCCACCACAUUGCAGAUACUCAUGUUGUGCAUCAUCUCUUCCCAGCCAUUCCACACUACCAUGCAGUGGAGGCAACAAAAGCUGUGAAGCCAUUACUAGGAGAAUACUACCAAUUUGAUGGCACCCCAUUUUACAAGGCAAUGUGGAGGGAUUUCAAGGAGUGCAUCUAUGUGGAGACUGAUGAAGGAUCUCAACAUAAGGGUGUGUUCUGGUAUAAAAACAUUUUCUGAAUGCUAAAUAUUUGGACUGUGUAUUUUCAUAUGUUGUAUUUGUAUUAGUAUUGAACCAAGCCUACCAUGUGUAUCUUUUAUUGUCAUCUUAGGCAACACUUAUGAACAAUAAUAUGGAAGUGAUUAAAUAUAA